AUGACUACACGUAACUAGGGAGAUUUGUUUACAUUAGCAACCGGACGUGCUUGGCAGCUGUCCCUGCGUAAACUAGCAAACAUUUUGCCUUCUUUUUUAUAGAAAAGUAUUUACUUUUCAGUGAGACAAAUGGACUCCAAUACGUUAUACUACUCUUUGGACCUCGUUUCUGGUAGCGGUUUAACUUUGAGCAGUGAGCAAAAAGCUGCCCUGCAGACUUCCCUGGUCAUUCUGAAGAGGAACAACAAAUUCAACCGUAUCCUGUUUUGGGGCAAGAUUCUGGGCAUAAAGGGUGACUAUUUCAUUGCACAGGGGGUUUCAGAGGAUGAGAUGACGGAUAAAAAGAGCCUUUACAGUUUCAACUGUGUGGACUGGCACCUGCUUCCCCCUGCCACUGAGGCCAUGCUAGCAGAAGUGUCUGCUGCAGCAAAGGGUCGCUUCGUGGGAGACCCCUCACAUGAGUAUGAGCACACCGAGAUACGGCGGCAAGGGGAGGGGGACGAGGCUGUGGAGGAGGAAAUCAUGAUUAAGGUGAAAGAGGAGAAGAGGCUGGCCUCCACGGUCCACACCAUUGAUAAGGAGGUGUCUGUGGUCCCGCGCGGCGCCUUCAUCAAGAGUCCCCAUGGCCUGGUGCAGACCAACCGCAGCUUUGAGGGUCUGUCCUCCUUGGAGGCGGGUAAACUCAGCUGCUUCCUGCACUUCACUGAGCCGCAGAAACUGAAGAAGAAAUCCAUCCUGGAGAUGGCUGACCUCAACCCCUCCAUCGACUUCCUGGAUCCUUUGAGUGAGGAUAUCCCCAAAGGGUCGUGGAGCUUGCAGUUUGAGCGUGGCAGCACAGUGUGUGUGAUCCGCAGUAUGCUGUGGCUGGGCCUGACCUUCUUCCACGUACCCAUGACCCCCCAGCAUGGAUACAUCUACAUGGGCGACGGACUCAAGAACCUGGACCUGCCCUUCAUGCUUUAAAGAGCCAGUGAGAUACAUCUGAGCAAGCAGUGUUUCAUCCCCACCCAAAACUGAGUUAUAUUUAUGCAAGAGAUGUUUCUUUCCUGUUAUUUAAAGUAAAUAAACAGAAACUAAAAUCA